AUGAAGUUCCUCUGUCUUCCUGGCGCCUACGGCAGUUCUGAUAAAUUCCAAGUCCAACUGGCUCCCAUUCUCAAAGAACUGACCGACGACGGCACCGCCACCUUCCAUUUCGUUCACGGCCCUUGCAUAGCAGUGCCGCCCGAGGGCUUUGAGGAAUAUUUCGGCCAGCCGCCUUAUUACCGCUUCAUAGAGCCCGAUCAAGACGUUGAGAUAUCCGAUGACGAGGAUGUCCUAACGCGCAUCCGGGACUUUCCCGACUGCGAGACACCAGAAGACACCAUGCGGGAGCUCAUGAGGGAGGGUGCUUCAUCCGGCAAGAGCAUCGACCAGGCCAUCAAAUACCUGUCAGAUAUUGUGGCCAAGAGGGGUCCCUUUGACGGCAUCAUUGGGUAUUCUGAAGGCGCGACGGUCGCUGCGACGAUGAUGCUUCACGAGCAGCGCCGGCAGCAGCAGUCUGGCGCGACGCCCCUCUUCAAAUACGGUAUCUUCUUCGCCGGCUGGCCGCCCGUUGAUCCUACCAAUUACUCUGUUUUGCUGUCUGACCAGACUGAGGAGCGCAUCGAGUCGAGAACAUUACAUAUCAUCGGAUCCCUGGAUCCCUACCUGGACGGCUCAAUGGCGCUUUACAAUGUCUGCGACCCAGACUCGGCGUAUCUUUUUGACCACGCCAAAGGCCACACGCUACCUCGUGACAAAGGAACAAUCAGAGAGCUCGGGGACGUUGUCCGUGAGGCCAUUUGCGCCAUGAGGGAAGAAGGCGUUUUGUAG